CACAACAGCUGUGAACGACGUUCAUCAUUCAGAAUCGACCUCACUGACACAAACAUGUGCAAAAGCAAUUCACUCGAUCGAUCAUUGAGUUUUACUCGAUCGAUGGUAGCUUUUCUUCAGCAUAUAUAUAUUCAUGCAUGGAUGAUCCAGUGUUUGCAUCGGCGGCAUGGAUCGUCGGCCCUCGGCAGAGAGGUUGCAAGCCGGGGAACAGAGAGGGGUCUUCCACUUCACCCAUCCCUUCCACAUGCUCACCCAAGUCGAUUCGCCCUACCUCUUCACCUGCGCCGGCUGCAAGGAGUACGGCGCCGGCAGCCGCUUCCGGUGCCAGACUUGCUGCGGCUUCGAACUGCACGACUUCUGCGCCCUCGCUCCUCCGGCUCUGCGGCACCAUCCCUUCCACCCCAACCACCAGCUCGCCUUCUUCGCCAAAACAGGCGGCGGGUUUCUUCGUCCGAGGUCAUGCGACGUCUGCGGCAGAGCCGCCAGGGGCUUCGCCUUCCGGUGCACCGCCGCCUCGUGCGGCUUCGAGAUGCACCCCUGUUGCGCCGCGAUGCGCGCGGAGAUGAACUUCCCGGCACUGCAUCAGCACCCGCUGGCGCUGGCCCUCUCGCCGCCGGCGGCGGCGGCGGCGGCUUGCGGUCUGUGCCAGAGGAAGAGGUCCGGCCUGGCGUACCGGUGCGCGGCGUGCGGGUACUCUCUGCACGCGGCCUGCGCCAAGGACUCGGUGAACGGGCUGCUCGCCCACGGGUUCAGGUCGCCGCCGGAGAAGCCGAGCAAGCUCGGCGCGGCGGCGAGGGUGGCGACGCAGGCUCUGUUCGGGAUCAUCGGGGGGUUGAUCGAGGGGAUCGGAGAAGGAAUCGGGGAGGCCUUCGUCGACAGCAUUGGAAGAGGUACGACGACAACAGAGGCGACGUCAUCGAGGAUAAGUAAUUAAUAUAAGCGCGUGAUUAAUUUUAUGAUUAAGUGCUAAUUAACUAUAUAAUUGAAAGGAGUUGCUCGAUGAGUUGUUAAUAUGCAUGGAAGUUAAUAAGUCAUUGUUGUGUUUGUAUUAAGA